UGUGCUGACGCGACAAUGAGGAAGUUGUUUAAGACGAAGACCACACGCUUUUGUUGUUGUUGUGAUACCAGAUGGUGGGGAGAAGGAGGGAUGGGUGAAAGAUUAACUCUGAAGUAAACCUGAUGUGAAAGAUCUUGAGUAGUCAAGUCUUUUCCGCUCAACCAAAAUGUACCAUGUGUCCGGAUAUGGCUUCCUGUCCUGUUUCUUCUCUCGCUGGCUCUCCCUGUUUCAACCAGAAGAGAGAGGAGAAAUGUCCUUUUCAUCAUGGCAGAUGAUUUGCGGACAUCGUUGGGCUGCUACGGAGACACUGUAGUAAAAUCACCCAACAUUGACCAAUUGGCAUCCAAAAGCAACGUUUUCCUCAAUGCAUAUGCACAGCAAGCCGUGUGUGCUCCCAGCCGUAUCUCAAUGUUAACGAGUCGCAGACCAGACACGACCAGGCUCUACGACUUUAACUCCUACUGGAGAGUUCACGCUGGAAACUACACAACAAUGCCACAAUACUUUAAAUCUAAGGGCUACCACACCAUGUCUGUGGGCAAGGUAUUUCAUCCAGGUGUUGCCUCUAACCACACCGAUGACUUCCCCUACAGCUGGUCCAUCCCUGCCUUCCACCCACCUUCUUUUAGAUAUGAGAAAGAAAAGAUGUGCAAAGGGGAGGAUGGUGAACUCCACACCAACUUACUCUGUGCAGUGAACGUAACGGAGCAGCCUGGAGGGACCCUGCCCGACCUGGAGAGCACAGAGGAAGCAGUGAGGUUACUGAAAAGUCAGGCCAAUGAUGGCACUCCUUUCUUCUUAGCCGUGGGCUUCCACAAACCACACAUACCUUUCAGGAUACCACAGGAGUUCCUUUCUCUAUAUCCCAUAGACCAAAUGACUUUAGCCCCUGAUCCCAUGGUCCCUAAACUCCUUCCACCUGUGGCCUACAACCCCUGGUUGGAUGUGAGGAAGAGAGAUGAUGUUCAAAGACUCAACAUCAGCUUCCCCUAUGGACCCAUUCCUAAAGACUUUCAGCUGCGUAUCCGUCAGCAUUAUUAUGCUGCUGUGUCUUAUAUGGAUGCUCAAGUUGGGCGGCUGCUUAGUACUCUUGAUGAGCUGAGGCUGGCUGAGAGCACUAUGGUGGUGUUCACUUCGGAUCACGGUUGGUCUUUGGGGGAACACGGCGAAUGGGCUAAAUAUUCUAACUUUGAUGUGACCACACGCGUCCCUCUAAUUUUCUGUGUUCCUGGCAUCACAACUCUGAGAAAUUCUUCCUUUCCUUUUAUCGAUGUCUUCAGCCAAUCAAAGCACAGCUUUAACAUUACUAAAGUUAUAAGAAACAUGGUGGAGUUGGUGGAUGUUUUUCCCACCACUUCCUACCUGGCUGGCCUCAGAGCACCCAAACCUUGUCCUGAUGUUUCUUUCCAGGAGGAGUUGUGUUCAGAAGGAGACAACCUAGCCUACACCUUCCGACACGGAGAAAGAAGAGAACAUGAGGAGGCCAUAUCGUUUAGCCAGUACCCUCGGCCUGCUGAUACACCACAGGUGAACUCUGACCUCCCUGACCUCAAAGACAUAAAGAUCAUGGGGUACUCUCUACGCUCCUGGGACUACAGAUACACUCUUUGGUUGGGAUUCAACCCUCAAACAUUUCAGGUGAAUGUAUCUGAUGUCCAUGCUGGAGAGUUGUACAUGACAGCAGAUGACCCUGGUCAGGAUGAAAAUAUAUACAGCGACUCUGACCACAGUGUUCUACACAGAAAGAUGGCCAGUCUGCCUCAUACUAUGAGUCUACAGGUGAAGAUGAGGCUGCAGCUCCUCUACCUCACAGCAGGGAUGAAGACGAAUAGGAAGAAGGUUGGAUGAUGAUAAUGAAAUGCAACAGAUGGACGGAGAGAGCAGUUCAAAGGGAAGAUUGACAGAAACUCAUCCAUAAAGAGAGACGGCUGAUAUAUCUUAUAAUGCACUUUUUAUUCAGUAUUAGGUGCUAUCACUGGUAAUUCCUGGUUCACCUCUUGUGAACAGGGACAGGCAGAUCUGGUUUAAACAAAGAAAAAAGAUUAAAUCCAAAGCACUUGUUCUUCUCUUUCAGGCCAGUUCAGCCUUAAAAUAAGUUUUCCCCCUCCUGUAUAUUAGGACUACGAGUGCAUUUGGUUAGUUUUUUACUUUGUUUACCAAAAUUGAAAGGGACAACAUGAUUAUAUAUUUUUGCCUGCUUUAAAUGGAUUGUAAAAAUAAGAUGAAAUAAAAUAUUUUUUGCCACAAA